AUGUGGCGACCACUGGACAUGAUGACUUAUUUUUGUCUGACAAUCAUUCUUUUGGUGAUGUUAGAGGUGAGUAUGUAGAGUAUAUAUUAUUAUCAGUCUGUCGGGAAAAUAGUGAGCACGUGUUUUUUACACGGUUUAGGGCUCGACAAAUGUCCAUGCACUUUAUGAAAAUACUAAUAUCAGUCUGCCGGGAAAAUAUCAGUCUGUCGGAAAAAUAACGGCGGAUCGUCGCAUCAAAAUGUCUCGCUUCGCCGCUGUCGCGCACCAAAUCCCAAGCCGCGGCCUGCAGUCGCAAAGCGAUGAUGAGCGAUUCCGAGGCGCGACGAUCCGCCGUUUUUUUCCCGACAGACCGAUAAUGAACACUCUGUCGCAUCGAAAAUCGCAUCGCCGAAAUGAAAAUGAAUUGUGUCGCGGUAAAUUCAAAUUCUCUUUUUAUCAGUCUGUCGGGAAAAUAACGGCGGGUUGUCGCAGCAAAAUGUCUCGCCUCGCCGCUACUAGUCCGUCCGUAAAGUCGCUGGAAUGUUUUCGGCGACAUGCACCCCGCGAAACCGAAAGUUCACUUUGCACUGUGCAAUUUUUGGCUUUUUGCACAGUGCAAUGAGCUUUUUUGGGACGUCGCUCGCACCCUGAGUUUUCUUGCACAGUGCGCGUCGCCGAAAUCAUUCCAGCGACUUUACGGAAGGACUAGUACUAGGCGGGCCAAAAAGUCUUGACAUGUUUUCGCACCGUGCGGGCGCAUAAAUUCGGUGUCGCGACGAGGUGUCGCGCGAUAAAACCUUUGGCGGGGUGCGAAUGAAGAGUGCACUGUGCGUUGUUUACCCUUUUUCAAAACAAUCUUUUUGCACUGUGCGGUGUCGCAUUGCACCGUAAAUUGUUCUUGUCGCUGCGCGACAAAUUUCAUGCACGACGGCGCACUGUGCAGACAUGUCAAGACUUUUUGGCCCGCCUAGUAUCGCGCACCAAAUCCUAAGUCGCGACUUGCAGUCGCAAAGCGAUGAUGGGCGAUUCCGAGGCGCGACGAUCCGCCGUUAUUUUCCCGACAGACUGAUAUCGGCACAACGACAUUGCUCAUUAUUUUCCCGACAGACUGAUUUUUUUCAUUUUCAUAUCAGUCUGUCGGGAAAAUAACGGCGGAUUAUCGCAGCAAAAUGUCUCGCCUCGCCGCUAUCGCGCACCAAAUCCAAAGCCGCGGCUUGCAGCCGCAGAGCGAUGAUGGGCGAUUCCGAGGCGCGACGAUCCGCCGUUAUUUUCCCGACAGACUGAUAAAGUGCAUGGGCAUUUGCCGCGCCCGCACCGUGCAUAAAAAACCUUCCAUCUUGCACCGUGCAUUUUUUAUUUUUUGGGGUUUUGCACUGUGCGGCGAAAUGUCGCUACUUCGCACUGUGCAUUUUCAACUUUUUUCCAUGCUUGUCGCUAACGCCCAGUGCAGCGGAUUUCGCUCUUUUCGCACAGUGCAAACCGCAAAAAAGCCGUUUGCACUGCAAAAAAUUUUGGGCGCCGACGCAGCGAAACGUUUGAAACUUGCUCGAGCGAUAGUUCAAAUGCACAGUGCGAAAAAAACAAAAAAAAAAGUGAAUUGCACGGUGCAAGAUGGAGGGUUUUUUGUGCACGGUGCGGACUGCAACAAGAGUCCGUGUCCUGUACUUUAUGAAGAUCAAAUCAGUCUGUCGGGAAAAUAAUGAGCACCCUGUCGUAUUGAAAAUGAAAUGUGUCCCGGGAAAAUCAAAUUCAGCGACCCGACGGGCACAACGACAUUGUGCUCAUUAUUUUCCCGACAGGCUGAUAGUAUCUUCAUAAAGUAAUUAAUAAGACGCUGCACAGCAAAUUAUCGAACAGUAUCAAACGAUUUUUCCAUGUUUCAACAAAAAUUUUGAUUCCAGACAACUGCUCUGCCCACAGAAUCUACAACAUCAUCAACGCCGCAGCUGGAAGAGACCUCGUCUCUGGCUCGGCCACCAGAGAAUUCUCUACUGAUCACACUACCCUAUAACCACAAUAUUCUCAUCGCAAACUCAACAGACCACCCGUUAAAUCAGCGAAAACUUGAUGCGCAAAAGUCGAGUCAUACGAAGAAAUUGAAUCGCCAGAAACGCCAAUACUUUGGCGGUGGAUGUUGCGGGUUAAUGCAGCCGAACCCAAUCUGUUGCCCGGUGCCGUUCCCAGCACCAGUGCCGUUGCCAAUGCCCAUGCCGGUGCCUUUACCGGUGCCAGUGCCGGCUCCGGUGCCGGUUCCGGCUCCGGUUCCGAUUAUUCAUGUAAGUGGAGUUUUUGGAGCUUCGACAUUUCAAAAACAGUUAGUACUCCUAGUGCGAAACUCAGAUUUUUUUAAAAUUUUGUACACGACUUAGGCAUAGGCCAUAUAUCAAUGUCCGAAAAUUUUAUCUUACACUUUACAGGCGCAGCCGAGAUACUGAAAUUUUUGGCCGAGAGAGUACGCGAAAGGCGGAGUGGUCAGAGAGAAACACACUUUUUGUCCAUAUUUUUGCCAGUUUUAAGCAGAAAAAAUUGAUUUUUUGUGGACACAUUUCCCUCUGUUGUAGAAAUAGCCAUGCAACUUUUUAUGGUGAAAUUAGAAAAAAAUUUUUUUUGAUUUUCUCAUUUUUUGACAAAAAAUUUCGAUUGUUUCUGCAUAGCGCGAGCUUGGAGUCUCGCGUGAGUCAUACCGAAGAUUUAUCUAAAUUUACCUCUAGUUUCAUCGAAAUCUGAACAUCGUAUUUGGAGUACUUUACUCGUUAGCCACAAAAAAUUGAAUGGACCAACCAUGAUGACUAUCAGUCUGUCGGGAAAAUAAUGAGCACUCUGAGUUGCACCAAUUGCAUCGCUGAAGUGAGCAAUUUGAUUUUGCGGCGACGCAAUUCAUUUUCUCGUCGGCGAAGCAAUUUUCGAUGCGUCAGAGUGCUCAUUAUUUUCCCGACAGCCUGACUAAUCUCUGUAUGUCAAGUUUUACGUAUAAUAUGUGGCGGAGAAUAAUGUUGUGUAAAAAUUAAAAGGUUUUCUUCCCAAUUUAGCCCUAUCCCUAUCCGUCAUUCAAUCCGUUUCUUCAGAACUGCUGUUCGUGCUGUAUGCCGAUUUGCGCACCGACUUGUAUACGGACUUGUGGACUUGGAGGCCUUGGGAUUGGAGGGCUCGGUGGACUUGGCGGCCUAGGUGGUCUCGGCGGACUUGGUGGACUAGGCCUUGGCGGACUGGGCGGCGGACUAUUUGGAGGCUGUGGAGGCUACGGAUUACCAUUCAGAGGCAGACGAAUUUAA